AAUUAUCAACAGAAGCCAAUAUGCAAAUGCAUCGAUGACAUAAACAAGGACAGCAGUGAUGCUGACAAUCUAGACCGCUGAACUCUGACUUCUCAAUGCCUCAGAUCGUCUAUAGUAAUGAUGGCAAGCUGCAAGUUUCGCUCAACGACGACUUUCAUAGAGAACCAAAGAAGAAGAAGAAGAAGAAGAAGAAGAAGAAGAAGAAGAAGAAGAAGAGGCGGAUACAGUGGAGAGGUGAUCAAGGUUUGAGAGUCGGGGGUCGGAAUUACUCUGUAGAUCUCUUCUCAAAAAGGACCAUCCUUUUGUGGCAGCCUCGUGGGCUAAAAGUAGCUAUGAGCUGUUAUGGGUCUGUGUGACAGUCGGUGUGACACUAGUGCCCGUCCUCUCAUAACUGUAUAGCGAUGGACUAGUAAAAUUGGAGGGACUCAU